GCCCAGGCGAGGAUACACGCGACGCAAGGCUGCCCGACUCGGGCAAGAAGCAUAAAAAUGGAGCAGCUCUUCGACGCCGUGGGCUGCUGCAGUGCUGAUGUUUAUGAGGACCGCGAAGCUGCUCGCUUCGUCGACGGUGAUGAAGACGUGCAGCCGCUGCUGCCGGACCGCUGCGCGGAAGUGCUCGGGCUGGCGUCGCCGGAAGCCUCCUACAUGGACCGCCGGAAAGCGUACAUCAGAGCAGCCCUGGUCUUCUCGCGCCUGGUCGGGCCGGUCGCCCCGUGGCGCGAGAAGCGCGGCUUCGAGCGGCGGGGCGCGCAGUCGUUCGCGGACGUGGCCGCGGCCUUCGAGGGCCUGCGGGCCACGCGGGACGCACCGCCGGGCUUCCAGCCCGACGACUUCCUGCCGCAGCUGCGGUGCUCGACGGACGGCGGGCGCACCGUCGACGACGACCGGCCGCCCGUGUCGGCGAUGCUCCAGGUCGACGUCCGCGACAGCGGCGCGGGCGAUUCGUUCGAACUAGGCGUCAAGUUCUCGACGACGCGCUUUGUCUUGACGCGGACGCUGCGCGAGUUCCGGGCCCUGCACGCGUCGCUGCAGCGCCGCGCCCCGGCGUGCGCGAGCGCGCUGCCGCCGCUGCCGCACUCGAUCGCUGAGCCGGGCGACAAGGACCGCCCCGCCGGCUUCUUCGAGGCCCUCGUGACGCCCAAGGGCCGGAACUCGACGGCGGCGUCGCCGCGGCGCGACGCGCGGAGACGGCUUCGGGCGUGGGUUGGGCAAGCGGUUGACUGGUUCCGCGCGCGGCGGCUCUAUGAUCCUGAGUUGCUGGCCUUCGUGGAUUUGGACGCCGAACUUUUACUGCGGCUGCACCGCGAGGACAUGCGUGGUUAUCAUUUGUCUCGGCGCUUCGAUGGCGCACUCACUGGUCGGUUUCUGCACAGGCGAGGACAUGCGCGUCACACGGAAUAUUUUGGUGGCCUGGGGCGGCCCCGCAACGCACGCGGUCCCGGCGCCGUGGGCGCGGAGCUUCGUCGAGGCCGUCGCGAGCCGGCGGGGUCGCAACGUGGCCGAGCCGCCGCUGCCGGGGCCCAUCCGCGCACGCGAGUGGCUCGAGGAGAAUCGCACGGAGGAGGACGCGUGGAGAUUAGUGACGCGCCCGGCCUACGUCGUGCUCUCGGCGGUCUACGGCGCCGACGCGGAGCUAGACGUGGGGACGCUCAAGGCGCUGGUCGACUCCCAGGCACUCGCGCCGCAGCAGACGUUCCUAGGGCUCACCGUCGAGCCUGUACAAGAGUAAGACUUAGCGGCGCACCCGGUCGUCGGCCGUGA